AUGGCUAGAUGGCAGAUCUUCCUCUCUGAAUUUGACAUAGUAUAUGUAAGUCAGAAGGCCAUAAAGGGGAGUGCAAUAGUUGAUUUCCUAGCUAGUAGAGCCUUGGAGGACUAUGAGCCUUUAAACUUCGAUUUUCUGAACGAGGACUUGAUGUAUGUGCAAGCACUGAAGAAAAUCCUCAAAGGGAUCACGAGUGGAGAAUAUGAAGCAUGUAUUAUGGGCAUUCGUGCAGCUAUCGAGCGGAACAUCAAAGUGCUUAGAGUAUAUGGGGAUUCCGCAUUGGUGAUAUACCAACUCAAAGGGGAAUGGGAAACUAGAGACCCUAAGUUAAUCAGUUAUAGAAAGCUGGUCCUCGAGUUGGUUGAUGAGUUUGACGAUAUCACCUUCUGUUAUCUCCCACGAGAGGAAAACCAAAUGGCUGAUACAUUGACUACUCUAGCUUCGAUGAUGCAGGUGAACAGACUUGAAGUAAUUAGGCCUAUUCAGAUAAGUAUCUAUGAAACCCCAGCUCAUUGCUACAAUAUUGAGGAGGAGGGAAAAGACGAUCACCCUUGGCAUCAGAGUAUCCUACAGUAUGUGAAGAAUUGGGAGUACCCUAGUCAAGCAACGGAGAACGACAAGAGAACACUGAGAAGAAUAGCCAUCGAAUAUGUCUUAGAUGGGGAAUUGGACGAAGCCGAAUGGGUCCAAUCUCGAUAUGAUCAGUUGAACCUAAUAGAGGACAAGAGGUUAAGAGCUAUUCACCAUGGGCAAAUGUACCAGAAACGAAUGAUGCGAGCCUAUGAUAAAAAGGUUGACCCCAGGGAAUUUCGUGAAUGA